GAUUGAUGUAACUAACACCAGUACAACUAUAACUUUAAGAAUUCACGAAUUGUAUACUGACUUUUCCAUUCGUAUAAUGGAGGAGACAAGGCCGGUAGGAGAGGACAUGUUUGAGUCCUUGGAGGAGUUCCACAUGAUCCUCAAUGAGCUGGCUGGGGACAAGAGCAUGGACAAGGUCCGGGUGGAGUAUGAGAAGCUCAUCCAUGCGCUGAAGAAGUCCCGAGAGAAUGAGAAGAGGCUCAUGUCCAAAUGCAGGGAGCUGAAUGCAGAAGUUGUGUCCACCUCAACUAAAGUGGCAGCUGCCCUGAAACUGUCCCAGGAUGAUGAGACAACCAUAACUUCACUAAAGAGGGAGCUGGACAAAGCUUGGAAAAUGGUUGAUGCUGCACACGAUAAAGAGAAGAGGGACAAAGAGGCCAUCAGGACUUUAAAAGAAGAAGUUGCCAACCUAAUGAAAAUGGCUGAACAACAAACUGGCUUCUCUACGGACCAAGAGCAGAGUGAUCUACUAAAAAUGAAUCAGGAGUUGACUAAAGAGAGGGAUGAUCUGCUGACAACUGUGGAGGCUCUGAGAGACAAACUAAACAAGGCCAUCGCCACCCAGCAGGAGAUAGAGGCCCAGCGAGAUAGUGCCUCAGAAAAUAUUUCUCAGCUCCAGCAGGAGCUCCAGGUCCAACAGAAUGAGAUUUCACGUGAGAUGAGGUUGAAGGAAAAGCUGGAUAAGGAGGUGAAGCAGCUGCACGUCGACAUGGAGGCCAGGAUGGGGGAAAUGAAAGCUGUGAAUGUGCAGGCCCAAAGGGCCAAAGAGGAGCAGCAGAGACUGGAGCAGCAGCUCAAAGAGAUAAAGAUUUUGAAUGAGCGAUCCACCAAGGACCUGGAGCAGAUGCAAGUGAAGAACAACAAGCUGCUGCAGGAGUGUGAGCAGCUCUCAUCAGUCAAAGAACAUCUCUCUUUGGAAAAUCAGCAGAACGCAAAUGAGCUCAAGAUGAGAGAAGAGGAGGUGAAUCAGAUGCGUCAGGAGAUUGCCAAACAGACAAAGAUGAGAGAAGCCAUCCAGAAGAAGUUCCACCAGAUGGAGGAUCAGAAAGCUGAUGUGGAUGUGCAGAGGGAGACACUGAAAGCUCAGAUCGCCGGUCUGGAGAAAGAUCUUGAAUCUUCCCAAAAGCAAGUUGAAACUGACAGAAAAGCCAUAGAAGAGCUUAUCCGAGAGAGAGACAUCUUAAAUAAGAACAUGAUCAAAGCUGCACUGUCAACGGAGAAACAGCAGAACAUUGUGAAGCUCCUGGAGCAGGACAAGAAGACCUUGGAACACGAGAUCAGUGGCUACCGCCACGAGGCCCAGAAGCAGCGCAAGAUCAUCCAACAGCUGGAGAAAGAACGAGACCGCUACAUCAACGAGACCAGCAACCUCAUGCAGAAGGUGCAACAGAAAGUGAAUGACGUUGAAGUGCGAGAGACGGAGAUAUUUGAUUGGAGGAAGAAGGUCACUGAGGCAGAGUGCCAGCUCAAACAGCAAGAAAACCUGCUGGAGUCUGUUGUGUCUGAAAGGAACCUCUACAGCAAAAACCUCAUUGAGGCUCAGGAAGAGAUUGCAGAGAUGAAGAGGAAGAUGAAGACCAUGAACAACCAGGUCACCCGACUGAGAGAUGAGAUCACUGGAAAGGAGCUUGCCAUCGCCAAGGAUCAGCAGGAACACAAGCGUUUGGAGAAGGAUAACGAGGCUCUCAAGGGGGAGCUGCAGUUGAAGAAGCUCCAGCUUGAAGAAACAAAGCAGAGUGUUGACAGCCAGAAAGCAGAACAGCAAAAACUGCAGAAGAUUAUAGCCGAUGCUGACGCUGAACAGGUCCAACAGAAGAAACAACUUGAACAGGUGAUCAGAGAGCGAGACAACCUGGGCAAACAGCUGCUGCACCGCAACGAUGAGCGUGCACUGCUGUAUGAGAAGAUCAGGAUCCAGCAAUCAAUCCUGAGCAAGGGGGACUUCCACUACAACCAGCGGAUGGAUGACAUCCGCCUGCUCAAGCUGGAGAUCAAGAGGCUCCAGCGCAAGAAGAGCAUCCUGGACAAGACUGUGCCCAACACAGAGGACCUGAGGCGAGAGCUGUUUCACCUGCAGAGGGAGCUGCUCAGAGAGAGGACGAGGAACAGCGUCCUCGAGGAGCAGCUGAAGCCCAUAAAUAUUCACCGAUGGAGGCGACUGGAGGGCAGUGACCCGGGCAAAUACGAACUCAUCCAGAAGAUUCAGUCCUUACAAAAACGACUGAUUGCCAAGACCCAAGAGCUUGAGGAGCAUGAACUCCUAUUACAGGAAAAGGAGAAGUUGUAUGUGGAGCUGAAGCACAUUCUGGCCCGGCAGCCCGGUCCAGAGGCAGCUGAGCAGCUCCAGCAGUGCCAGUGGACCAUCAGAGAGAGAACCAAAAAGCUCAAGGUGUUGAUAGCAGAGCUGAGAAUGCUCGACUCAAAGAUGAAUGAGUACAAGAGUGAGAACCAACGAUUAGCUAAUGAGCUAGCAAACAUUAAGAAGAAGUACCUCAGCGAGAAAAAGCUUCACAGUGAGCAGAGGACCAAGACCAAGGUGGAGCAGCUGGAACCCCUGCCCCAGCUGAGCAGCAAACCUCACUUCACUGGGGGGGGCUUCAGGAUUGAAAACCCUGUGAGAAGAUAAUGGCCUUUAUUAGGGAAUAUUUUAGAAGCCAGCUGACAUCUUUAAAAAGAUCUAUUACCACAUCACAUGACAUUAUGUUUUCAAACACCCUGCAUUUUACCAUUUAUCAUCCUCUCUGAAAAAAAAGACUUUUACAAUGUAGAUACGUAGUAUUGAAUUAUGACUGCAAUACUGAUUAUUUAAUAACACAAAAAUGCUGCUAAUUUCCGUUGGGCAAUCAAGAAGGAAAUAGCUUUCACUCUAUAAUAAAUCAUGUUCUUAGGAUACAUUUUUAAUCAAUAUAUCUUGAGCAACACAUCAAGUCCCUAUUAUGUUCUUCUUCUUUCUUGCUUAGUACAUUUUUAAAAUAAGACUUUAACUAUGUUCAGCAAUCAGUUAUUCAUAAUUUUCUCUCAUCCUGAGUAGAUUACAGUAACUCUAUAUCACAAUCCAUGAGAGGUCAAGCAAAGAAGGAAAAUGCAAACCAUGUUUUUAUCAGAAUCUGAAUCCGGUUUAUUGCCAAGUACAGUAGGUUCUCACUAUACAAGAAAUUAACUUUGGUGUAUUGGUGCAUACAAUAAACAUAGUAAGUGAAAAUAAGUUGAAAAAAGUAUGGCAAGAUUAAAAUAAAAAUAAAAUGGAGUAAGCUUACAUGAAUAUAUAGUAGAUGAAAAUAUACUAUAACAAAUAUAUGACAAUAUUAUUAAAUUAGAAUUUUCUAAUUUAACUGAAUAUUUGUAGCUACCUUCUGUUAAGUGCAUGUAUUAAAUGUGUUUUCAGUCAUGGUACAGGGAGAAUGUAUAAAUAGCCAUCUUUAGCUUAUGAUUGGCUCUAAAUGGGGGGAAGGGGGGCCUGACCAACCAAUCGUUUUAUGAAAAAUGUAAAAAUUCAGUACACCUGCAGAGAGGAAUCACCAUGGGAGGCACAUGCUGUACAUACUGCACCGUCUCAUGCCCAGUUUACUGACCCAGUCAACUACUGAGUCUGCUCAAAGAGUAAAGGCAAGGUUUUUAUGCUGCUGAUUCCUUCUUGACUCCCACCACUGAUUGAUUGUGAAUAUAUAUGUUGAAUUGUUGUUGAGAAUAGCAGUUCAGAGGCUGAAGGUUCCAUUCAUUAUGUUUGACACCAUUUUAUUAGGGUUUGGACUAGACGUUUGGUUGGACAGGCCGGUCACUUAUGUGUUUUCAGUUGUACUGUAUAGUAAAGUUUGUUUCUCUAUUUUUAUCGACUUGUAAAGCACUUUGAGAGGAUCAGAGAGGU